UUACCAAUGUUUUGGUACAAAUGUUUGUAAAAUUAUGUACUCUGUUUUUUUUUUUAAUGUUUGUGAUACGAUCACUAACAUCUUACGGAAAGUAUAAGAAGGAAAAGGAGAACUUCCCCCACUUUCAUGUCGAGAAAUGAGAAGAACAAAUAAAAAUUCAGAGAUAGCAACUCGUAAUUCCACGAUAGGGAAUGUCAGCAAUUUACACAACUUAGCUCGCAAAGUUGUUCCUUCUUCAGGACGCUUCAUCACAUCCUUCAAAGGCGGCAAAACUUUAAGUCUAGCAUACUUGCGUAUGCAUCUGUUGCUUCUUGCAAGCUUCAACAAGGCGGACACUGCAGCUCCCAGAUUGCUGACAUGUCCAAGUCCUCAAAAACUUCAGAGCUUUUAUUCUCGGGACUUAUUCGAGGUACUAGAGGAUCAAAACUGGUGUACGGUAUUACUAUCAAUAAAUCUGCAAUACCACUUUGCAAUUCUUUGCUGUCAAGCUUUUUUACGUCCUCUGAAUUUCCGAUUGCUCUUUUGUGGUUUCCUCAGCGUCUAUAUAUAUAGUAAUUUGACUGCUUCGAGUGUGGUUUCUGUGUACGGUGGAGGAACUGGAGCAGCUAGAUCAGCUUUCAGUAGAAUAAUGUUUAACCUUUCGUCCGUUAUUAUUAUGUCCAAGUCUUUUUUAUCACGACUAAAUUAG